UAUCGAACACGCCAUUUUGAGUCAUUUGUUAUCACUUGCAGUUGAAGAAUCGAAUUUGAAUUUGUAAAAUUAGCAUAACAGUUUCAGUGUUUAUCUGUUUAUUGUUAAUUUGGUAUAUAGUUUAGGCUUUCCAUUCUAUUCUUCGAUAUGAGUGAUAGAGAGGGAAGUCGUUCGGCUGAUCGUAAAGGCAUGGCACGCGAUCGCUCACCACACGCAAGGCGGGAAGAAUCUCCAAGGAAUCACAAGGCCAAGAGCUUUUCAAGGAGUCCUAGCCGUGGUGGUAAAGUCUAUAGGGAAGAAGAUAGAGAACGAGAAAGACGUCGUGAUAGCAAAGGGGAAAGAAGAUACAGAUCACGAAGCAGAUCUCAUUCAUCAAAAAGAUACAAAACUUCCAAAUACUCCAGAAGUAGAUCAAGGUCUGGAGGUUACAGGGGACGAAGUCAUUCUCGCAGUCCCAUGUCAAGCCGUAGACGUCACACAGGAACUAGAGACAACCCAAAACCUUCCCGUUGUCUUGGAGUAUUCGGCCUCAGUGUACAUACAUCGGAAGAAGAUAUAUUCCAUAUUUUUGCAGAAUAUGGACCCAUUGAUAGAGUACAAGUUGUAAUAGAUGCCAAGACUGGCAGAUCUAGAGGUUUUUCUUUCGUUUACUUCAAAAAUACAGAAGAUGCUAAAGUGGCGAAAGAACAUUGUGCUGGAAUGAAAAUAAACGGAAAAAAUAUCAGAGUUGAUUACUCCAUAACAGAACGAGCUCACACACCAACACCCGGUAUUUACAUGGGCAAACCUACAACCAAAUUUAGCGACAGAUAUGACCGUAGACGAGAAAGAGACGACUAUUAUGGAGGCAGGUCGAGGUAUCACAGACGUUCACAAUCGCCUUACUACCGAAGAAGGCGUUACGAUAGAUCUAGAUCACGCAGUUACAGUCCCCGUGCUCUUUAGCUUUGAAUCGUAUGAAGAAAUAUUUAGAAACGCUUCGAUUCCCCAAUAGAAUAGGCGAGAGGGACUCAAGAUUCAGUAAAAAUCUCCUUUUUUUUUUUCAAUGAAGAAGUACGCUGGAAAUUUUUCCGAAGAUUCAAGAUUAAUUGGCGUCCGCGUCCGUUAGAAGAAAAUUGUGCAAUGUUUGUCCAGUGUAGAGUAGAAAAAUGAACAUUUUUAGGCCUUCCGAAAAUUCAUCCUUGAAAUGCAAGAUAAAUCAAACUUUUUUGGAAAUUUGGUGAGAAAUCUUGAAAUGAAAUUCAACCGACUGAAAUUCAAUUUAUGUUUUUGUCUAAUUGCCCCUUAAUAUUAUCGAAUAGGUUCUGAAUAAUAGUACGAAGAGAGAAAAAAUUUCCAGCUGGAUCUCUCACGAAAAAUAAAUCGGGUGAAAAAAAACACAAUGUGCAAAACGCCAACUGACUAAUUCAUGAAAAAUUUCAAGAAAAUGAAGUAUUUUUUAUGAAAUAUUUUCGAAACUUCGCAUUUCAAACUUUUUCUUGAAAAAUUCAAUCAUAAAAUAGUUCAAGGACCACAGAAUGUUGAAAACACUUUGACACUUACAACUGUCAAAGAAAUAGGUUAUGUCUUGUUAACAGCUGGUGAUUUUCAAGAAACCAUCCUUUUUUAUCUGAUCAACCUAACAAAUCUGUUGUCCUUUAUUAUCUAGGUAAUCAGUGGACGUUGUUGCCAAAUGGUGAAAUUUUAAAUUUUAAAGCCAAGUUUUUCAAGCGAAAGGUUGAAAUGUGUUUGAAAUACAAAGUAUUUCAUUUUUGUGCGUUAGAAGAAAUCCCCCGAAAUUUUUUCCCGAAGGGAGGGUGUGUAAUGAAGAAAUCGAUAUAACUCUCAUACAAAUUCAUGUACUUGUUGUUCCGUCGAAAGAAAAACGACCUGUGGAAAAGAGGAGGCAGAAGAUAAAUGACAAUUGGAAAUCAAUGGAAUCACAUAAGAAACUUGCCCCCAACGUCUGUUUCAGGGAAUUGUAUCAAAAUAUGUUGUUGACGUUGCCUUGGUUUUUCUGUUGCUUUAAUUCAUUUUUUUUUUAAUGUUACUUUCAGGUCGUUAUUAAGCCGACGGAUCUGCGUGUUUUCAGGUGUUAAUAAAAUGUAGAGUUAAGUUUAUGGGGGAGUUCCUUCAUUAAUGUACGAUCACCAAGUGAUUAUUAAUUUGUUUAUUGAAUAUAUUUCGUUGAUUAGUUGAUGAAUCGGUGAAGAUGUACUCCUCUGUCCGAAUCCAUUUUUUUUGUUCUCCUUUGAUAGGAAAGAAUGAAGCAGCAUUCAGAUUCAUUUAAUUUUGACGAGUUCUUGUAUAUUUUCCCCUUUGAAUGUGACAAUUUAUAUAAUUAUUAUAUAUAAGUUCCAAUAAAUAGUAAACUAAAACUAA